CUUCUCUCGUCGGCAUUUGGUCGCGAUUGGUCGCGAUGUUAUCCAGUAUCUUGCGGUAUUGACGAUUUCCAUUUUAGGAAAUCGUUUCGUUUCUCCUAUUAUGAUCGCGAAGCGUCCGAAAACCAGGUGGGAAAUUUUCGUCGGAUCGCUCAAAAAAAGUGUCAAGACGAUUGUUAUAAUCGAAGGCGUAGUUGUUGUUGGAUCGUACUUGUUCUGGCGUCGUAUGAACCACUCGCAAGAUUUCAGAUAUUAUUUGCAUCUACAUUGUCCGACGAUAUUAGAGUGUUAUUACUCUGUUGGAGAAACGGCGUCUGGUAACAAACAGUUGAGAGAAUUUGAUUAUAAAACUUGGAAUCUAUACAGCAAUGAACAGUAAAUUUUCAUGGCGAAGUUUAUAAUAACAACAGUGGCAUCGGUAAUUCUUGGCGGAGGCAUAGGAUAUGGUCUGCUUUGUUACGUUUCACCCGACGAGUCAGAAAUUGCAAAGCAUAUUCGUUCAAAUGAACCACAGAAUCUUUUCAAACUAUACAAAAAAAAGCCUGAGGAGUUGAAAGAAUCAAACGAUAUUCAUUCUGAGAUAUACAAGCUUCAGAAAAACACUAGUGGAAAAUAGCAUUUAUAGUCUAAAAAUGGACUCUACGGAUUUUAUAGAGGGAAGUUUGUCAGAUCGCAUCACAAAGAGAGAUCGCGAGCGAAAAAAUGUGAUCGAGAGGCGGAGAGAGGAACGACAAUCGCUUACCGUUGAAUCCGAACAGAGCAGUUACUUUAAGGACACGUUUUAUUCCUCCUGCAAGAAGAUCAAGGAUAUGCUGGACGACGCACCUAGCGCUCCGAUCUCGGCUCAACCUGGAAUCUUCGACAAGGUCAACAAAGAAAUUCUGUUGCUUAAAAACUACUUGUCACAAUCCAAGAUGUUUUUGAAGGUUUACGAUAUAAGACGCGCACAGGAAAACUUACAGUCGUUGGAGAUCGAAGCUUCUGAAUUAGAAACUAAACUUUUGCCCAAGAAGAAGUUCGGAUUCAAGAGUCGCAGAAUCGCGAAAAAAUCGUCCGACAAGGGGCACGACGUUACGGACGGUUUGAAGGAUCUCAAGAUAUCGGAAGGCAUCGUGAACGGCUCGGCCAAACAGAACAACAAGUGGUCGAUCAAGUACGGAGACAGCACCUGCAUGCUCCUGAGCAAAACGAACGAGCAAAUAGUGCUGGACGCCGAGAAUGUAAAUAAGAAUGACAUUCUGCUCUCCGAUCUGGUUCAAUGUACCGUGCGAAUAUACGGUACGCCCAGCACGAUCCACAUGGUAAAUCUGAAGCAGUGCACCAUAUUGGUCGGACCGGUUACGACCUCGGUUUUUGCGCACGAUUGCAGCGAAUGCGUGUUCGCUUUCGCGUGCCAGCAGCUGCGACUACACUCGUCGAUAGACUGUAUCAUUUAUUUGCAUGUUACAAGUAGAGCUAUUAUAGAGGAUUGUACAAAGAUACGCGUAGCACCUUACAACUGGUCGUACGAGGAUCAGACGAGUCAUUUUAAUCUAGCCGGCCUCGAUCCCAAAGUUAACAAUUGGAAUUGCAUCGAUGACUUCAAUUGGCUGUCCAGCGAGAAACAUUCGCCGAAUUGGUCAGUUCUCGAACCGGAGCUUCGCAUCAAGUCGUGGGACGAAUCGGAAUUGUUUGUGAAAACGAGAAAUGACGGGAAAAGCGAUUAAAAUUAACAGCUGUAACCAAAAAAAAAAAAAGAAAAAAAAAACAAACAUUUGUAAAACGAAAAGUUUAAAAAUCUUCUUUCUUCGAAACUUCAGUCGUCGAUUUUAUUUACGUAAACAAAUUAUUCAAUGUAAUUAUCACGCUUUUUCACAAGAAAGAUGCAAGUUUUAUGUAAGUGUUUUAUAUACUUACGCAUGUCUAAUAAAUUUACUUCUUUGUGCCCAAUAAAGGAGUGUCGAAGUUUUUAUCUUAAAUUUAAAGAUUUAUAUGUUGAAGAGAGUGGAAAGUGUGGAAUGAGAGAACGAAUUCGCAAAAGAGAGUUUGGAAGCUGACGCUCUCGAAAACUAUGUUAUUUUUUAACACAGCGGACAAAAAGAAAUUAAAAUUCACUUCUUUUCAAAAGUGUUUUGUUUUUAUUACACAUUUUUGUUUCUUUAUUGUGAGAUAAAAAUCAAAUCGGAGUUUACAGUAGGUGUAUAUAUCUGUAACUCGUCUGCACAUUAGAGAUAACAAGAUCUUUGAUAGAUUUAGAGAACAAGAGAAUUUCUCUCAAGACACAUAUAUAAAUGAUCUCGGAUAUAGUCAAUAUAAAUUCACAGUGUACAAUCGCUUUGUAUCAAUUUUUUUUUCUCGCAUAAAUCGUUGAAUUUUAUUGCAAGUUUGUAUUACAUGAUAUAAAAAAUUUUUAUUACGUGACAAAAGUACGCCCUUAAAAAUUUCGUGAAGUGUCACACGUCUCCGCAUUUCUGAGAAUGCCAUAAUACAAGUGCGAUAUACAAGGAAACGAGACUGAUCGUAUAAUAUGCGCAAAAUACAUAUAAUAGGUAAUAAUCGUCGUAUAGAUCAAUCAAAGAAUGUUUGCUUCCUGAUAGAGAGUUAGUUAUACAAUUAUACUAAAUUUCUACAACGUUAAUAAGAUAUAGAAGCUUAAAUUCAUCUAAACAAUCUAAAUAUGCUUUGGAGUGAAAGCACGUGUGAUUAAUUACUUACGCAGAUAAAAAUCAACCAAAAAAAAAAAAAA